AUGAUGAACGAGCGUACACCACCCAGACAAAGCAAAAGGGAACCAAUAUUAAGCACAACCUUCACCUUUACACCACGCAAUAACAAAAUGCUACUCACAACGGGUUCUAAAAAAUGCUACUGCUGGCAGCGUACAAACCAACCCGCACUGUAUCUGCUCUGGUGGUUGUGUGCUUUGCUGUGUUUUAAAUCGUCCCAUGUUUACGCCGAGGAUGCUUUAGUGCAACAGCGACAGCAUACAAGCGGAGAGACUUCCACGCCGCAAAGGAUUCUGUCGAGAAAGAGACGGUUCCUGACGUUUCCGGAGGGAAGUUCCUUUCAAGUGGUUUACGAUCAAACCAUUCCCAUGAUCGGUGUCGAGCGACUUUUCACGAUUGGUAUUACGGUGGCACUCGCCUACGAAUUACCCAGCAUCACCUUCAACCAAAUCGAACAGAUGCUAGAGGAAAACGCAGCCGACGGUAACAUCUUACCCAAGGUGGAUCAAAACGCCAACAACACUGUCCUGGUCGAUAGUAAAAGCUCCGUCACACCAGCAAGGAAAAACAUUUUUAGCUACUACUACCAAACACCACAGCAGGCAGGACAAUCGGGAGGUGUUGGAGGUCCGAUGAGCCGCAUCAAUUACUACACCGCACCCGAUCGACGUUACGAUAACUUUGAUCGAUACGGUCAACGUCUUCCCCAGUGGAAUCAGUACAUCGGAUCGAAUCGGUUUCCGCAACCACCGUACGCUGAUCCGACACGCAAUGAUUUCGGCAGCAUCGUUAACAGAUAUCUUCAAGGAUGGAUACGUCGUCACCCACCGAACUAUCCGAUAGGCAAAAAGCGCUUUUACCCAGUGUUUGGUAAGCGCAGCAUCCGCGAAGACACUUCACCACUCGAUCGGCACUUCCUCAAUCAGCACCGUGUAACGCGCCACGCGCUGUACGAGCGAAUAGAAAAGUUUCUAACAGCCAAAGGAAAACAUGGACAUCAUUGUGUGUUGCGAGCGCUGUGUGAAAGUGGUCAGCGGAGCAAUGACACUGAACCAGACACCUUUUUGAAGGAAAUUCUUCGAGCCAUAUUCAGUCUGCCGUCCACGCACGAAACACCAACCCAUCACAAGCACCGUAUCUACGAUGAAGCACACGCCCAUGCUGGAAACUGCUCGGAAACCUAUUCAUACUGUGAGGAUAGCUUUUGGUCGUCGAAUUUUGUGUUCUAA